AUGUAUAGAUACAUGCUAUCUCCUUUUUUUGCUGCUAUGGCUGCCGUGACUGUCGUGACUGCUCGCCCAACCGUGUACUUUAUACGUCAUGGCGAGAAGCCAAAGGACGGGGGAACAGGUCUCAGCGCAGAUGGCCUAGAGCGUGCUCAAUGCAUACGGUCUGUGUUUAUACGAAAUCCCCUCUAUAAUGUCAAAGUUCGAGUACUUACAGCACGACAUCACGCAGAUGGUAAACGAGCUCGACCUUAUGAGACUGUGAAGCUACUUGCUUCCGAUCUAAGCCUGGAAGUGGACAUUUCAUGCCAAAGAAAUGACUAUAAAUGCGUCACAGACGCAAUUGAAGGCUACCAUGGCGAAGGAAAUAUCUUGAUCUGUUGGGAGCACCAUAGAAUGACUCAUAUCAUUGAAGACCUGGGUGAUCAUGAUGCACCCGUUUACCCAGAUGAUCGCUUUGAUCUGAUUUGGUCUGACCCAAGCCCAUAUAACAAGAUCAGCGAUGAAACUAGUGAGCGGUGUCCUGGUUUAGAUAAUUACAGUGAUCUUUUCGUGUUCCAAGAAAUUUGA